AUGACGCAUUUUGAAAAAUCGCCCUUUGGAGCAGACGAAGAUCAGUUUUCCGGUGUCGUCGUUUUGCAGGGUUUUUUUUUUGCUUUUCAAGAAUACUUUGUAUUCAUCACGUGUCGUCCACUACUGUUUCCGUGCCCUGUCGCGGGAGUGCUGACAAUGUCGAUUGAUCUGAAACAGAACCUAGACGUUAUCGACUAUUUUGUGCUCGAGGAGUGGGGCUACAACCACAAAGUGCACAUGCGUAUGGGUCCGCAUCGUCCUUCCGUAGUGGCACGAAGUGUUCGUCAUCCAAUCAAAGUGGACAACGGUCUUUAAAUUGUGUGAAUACACAAAUGCCUUACAGAAGAGGAAAUCAAGAACGCAUUGUCAUACUCUAUGUGCAUUCCCUUUGUAGUUUACUGUUAGAAUUUAGCCCUUAGAAUUUUGUUGAGACUAUUGCACUGUCAGGAAUCUACUCUCAUGGUGGUCAUGAGGCUUUACGAUUUGCUUUACGUUAUGUGCCAUU